CGGCGGGAUAGUGCCGGCCAAGCUCUCCAUAGAUAUAUUCCCAUACGGCACGGGGAACGCAUCCGUUUUCCUACCAGAACAAGACCGAGUCUUUACUAUGUCUUCCCCGGCACUUCCACCCAACAAGCGGCGACGAGUCACCCUUGCAUGCAGUUUGUGCCGACGCCGGAAAUCCCGCUGCAGCGGUGAUCAUCCUUGCGCUUUAUGCCAAGAGCUUGGUGCAGAGUGUCAAUACCCAGAUAGCUCUACUCCUUCUAAUUUGACCGUGGGGCGAAGUUACAUCGCCCAGCUUGAACAGAGGCUGCAAGAUAUUGAAAGCUCCCUUCAGCAACUACAUAGUGCCCAGAAUGACGGGCGAGCUAUACUGUCAAAUCGCGGGGAUCACGAUACUCCUGCCAAUGAGUCGCUAUCAACCGUCGAGGAGCACCGAUCUGUGUUGUUUCCAUCAACGCUGGGAAGCCAUGACGCUGCUGAGCUGGGAGAGAUUGACAUCUCAGAGAAUUCCAUAGAUGGCAUGGGUGCCAUGAAAUUUACAAACGAAGAAGACUGCGGGUUUUUCGGUCCCUCGUCAAAUAUUGCGUUUAUGCGCUACAUAUCUCGAGCUAUAUUACAAGCUAAAUCAGGAAAUGAAUUAGCUGACGCCGUAUCGCCAACGGACCAGAGACGCAGAGGAAUAGUAAACGUGUCCAAAUCCAGGCCCCCAUCCCCUGGACCAACGCCAGGAAGGGCUGAUAACUUAACGAGAAACGCGGGAGUAAACAUAUACGCAUUACCAUCAGAAGAGCGAACAUGGAGCUUAAUUCAGCAAUAUUUUCUUAAGACCGGACAGCUUUUGCCAUUUAUCCAUGAGCCUUCUUUCUGUAAAACCUAUGUCCAGAUGAAAAGCGAGCGGUUUCGCGCUGUACGGCGGACUUGGCUCGGUCUGCUUAAUAUUAUCCUUGCCAUCGCAGCGAGUUUGUCAGCAAAAGACGACAUACCUGUUGAUAAAAGGAUACAAGAGUCCGAUAUCUACUACCAACGAGCAAAUGGACUGUGCGAUCGAGACUCUAAACGAAAUGCGAGCCUAGAAAUGGUACAGUAUUUACUGAUUCUAGGCCAAUAUCUCCAGGGAACCCAAAAGUCCGUACAGGCUUGGACUACACAUGGACUAGCUAUUUCGGCGGCUUAUCAACUGGGACUACAUUCACCUGACGCGAACCAAGGAUUUUCGCCUUUAGAAUGUGAGAUUCGUAAGCGAACCUGGUAUGGGUGUAUUCUUCUUGAUCGUACCCUGAGCAUGACAUUUGGUCGCCCUUGUACAAUUCCUGAAUCGUACAUAAAGCUUGAUAUGCCCCUUAGCGACAUGCAAAUGCUUGGGCCAUCUUUGGAGAUGGAGCCAUGCCCUCAGCUCGACGGCGCUUUCUUUACGGCUGCCAUAAAACUUUAUACCAUACUCUAUAAUGUUUUGGAUUCGUGCUAUGGGCAAAACCUUGGCUUUGAAGACCCCGCGUCUGUUUCCAGCGCCAUCUCUCGCGUAUUUGACGGACAGCAUCAAUUAGAUCUUUGGCGACUUCAACUCGUCCCAUCCUUGGGUUUCCGCAUUUGGGAUACUCUAAUGAACCCCGAGGAUGUUGAGAAAAUGGACAAAGACUUAAUCAUUUGCCACAGGUUCAGUAUUGUUCUCUCAGUGCGCUAUAAUAACCUUCGGAUUUUGCUUCAUCGUCGACAUUUAGAAAGUCUUCUAAAAUCCCUUGGGACCUCUGAUGAUAAUUCAGGAAAUGCUGAAAAAAGGCUUCUGCGCCAAAUGAGUCUUAACAGUGUUGAAUCCUGCGUUGAAUCCGCUAUUUCUAUCAUCUCGAUAGUUCAUUGUAUAACUUUAUCCAGUAGCUGGCGACGUGAAUUGCUAGGCGCAUGGAACUAUUCUCUUUAUUACACAUUUAAUGCCGCGCUUGUUAUAUUUGCGUCUCUCAUGAUAAUAUCAGCGUCCAAAGAGCCCCUCAAUGAUACGUCCGUGGGGAUAAAGGUUAAUCACUCACGUCCCUAUAUAGAAAACGCCAUUGAAGCGCUACGGCGGCUUGAUUCUGGAAACAGAGUAAUUGAGCGCUGUGUGGAGUACCUUUCACAGCUUUCUUUAAUAUUGAAUGCAAUGGACCGAAAUGAGUCAAAUCCAAGUAAUAGUAGGAUUCUAAACUUUCCAGUGGAACACUCUUCAGAUAUUUUCCAGUCUAGUGGACUGGAAUCUUAUAUGGAUUUGGGGGAAUUCAUGGUGGACGGAGAUUUUGAUUUCUUAGCCGACUUUUUGGUUACGCAGAAUGGAAAGCAUCAAACAUAGGAGUAGGUGUGCCGAAAGGAAAGGG